UAUUUGACUUGUUUUUCGAGAGAGGCAGAAACACGGAGAAGCUGAAGAAAUGGAGCAACUAGCAAAACUCCUCCUGUGGCAGCUCUUGCUCCAGCAAAGUUCUGUUGUUAACUUAUAUUCAGUCCCCGCGGAUGCCUCCAACCCGGAGAGCGUCGUGGUGUCCGUGCUGAACGUGAGCGCCGCGCUGGCCUGGCAGGCCGUGCUGCCCUGCAAGAGCUACCGCAUGGUGUGGACGCAGGACCGCCUCAACGACCGCCAGCGCGUCGUGCACUGGGACCUCUACAGCAGCUACUACGGGGACAACAAGGUGGAGAGGCUCUGCGACAUGUACUCGGCCGGCAAGCAGCGUGUCUACAGCUCCUACAACAAGGGCCGGAUAUUUAUGCCCCAGAACGCAUUCACGGAUGGCAACUUCUCGCUGGUUAUCAAAGAUGUUGCAGAGAGUGAUGGAGGGAUAUAUUCCUGCAAUCUUCACCAUCACUACUGCCACUUAUAUGAAACUGUGAAAAUCCAGCUGGAUAUCACCAAAAAAGGCAAGGAGGCCAAGCAGUACUGGGACGGGGAGAAGGCCGUGCUCGUGGCCCUGCAGGGCAGCACCGUGACGCUGCCCUGCGUGAACCGCAACCACAUCUGGACGGAGCGGCACAGCGAGGAGGAGCAGCAGGUGGUUCACUGGGACAGGCAGCCCCCGGGGGUGCCCCACGACCGCGCCGACCGCCUCAUCGACCUGUAUGCGUCCGGCGAGCGCCGCUCCUACGGGCCGCUCUUCGUGCGCCGCAAGAUGAACAUCACGGACACGGCCUUCGCCGUGGGCGACUUCUCCCUGCGCAUCUCGGAGCUGGAGAGCGCCGACGAGGGCACCUACUCCUGCCACCUGCACCAUCACUACUGCGGCCUGCACGAGCGCAGGAUCUACCAGGUCUCUGUGACAGAACCAGUGAGGGAGAAGAAGGUGGUGAACCUCACCACCCACAACACGGCCCCGGCCGUAGAUCCAAGCGUUGUCAGAGGCCACAACGUGAUAAAUGUCAUCAUUCCUGAAAGCCGGAUACACUUCUUCCAGCAGCUGGGCUACAUCCUGGCGACUCUGCUGCUCUUCCUUGUCCUCCUCAUCAUAGUUGUCCUCGUCACCCGCAAGCGCCGGCAGAGAGGUUAUGAAUACAAUGUGAAGAAAUAUGGAGAGAAGGAUGUAAAUCUUAAAGAAUUUACAGUGGACACAACAGAUCUGACUCAAUACAAAAGCGAAGACAUCAGGCUGGAUUACAAAAACAAUAUCCUGAAGGAGAAGGCUGAGCAAGCCAGAAGCUUCCCAGCAAAGAUCAUCGACUUAGACAAAGAUUUCAGGAAGGAAUAUUGUAAAUGAAGACAUUCCAAAGCUGCUGGCUGGACCAGAAGCUGCAAUCAAAGACAGAUAAAUGGAAAAGAGAUGCCUUUUCUUAUUGCCAUGUCCUUCCAGUUACCUUAAAGUUUUCACGUAGACUUUGCCCCCACUGAGCACCAGGGUAUUUGCAAAAGCUUCCUGAAAGAGUUAGACCAUCUGUCUUAUAUGCACUUAGGAUGGGUUUUGGUGGCCUUUUCUUCUUUUGUCCUCUCCUGCCACACACACACACACACACACACACACACACACACUUACUUUUCUUUGUGAUAUUGUUGUUCUUAUGCAUCAAUGACUUUUAUGAGCUGAAUCAGCAGACAUUUUGCUUUUAAAUAAACCAAACCUGCACCACAACCCUGAGCCAUCAUUAUAUCAGGCAUUUUUCCAUGUAGUGUGUUCAUCAGAAAAAUAGUAGCAAGGCCUGACUGUGAUCUCCAUACGCUGGCGUAAAUCAGGAGGAGCAAUACUGUCACUUAGCACUUUAAUCCAGGUAAGGUACCAACAGUCUCUAACUCGCCCCUUUACAAAGGACAA